AUGCGUGCAGCUGUUGAAGAGCUUGAACAAUUGUGCAAGAUGUCAGCCAUCGACUCCGGCGAACGACCACCAAUGAAUCAGGAAGAAUACGAUGCUGAAUGUGGUGGAAAGCCAUCGAACGACGUCCCUGUACUGCGUAAGGUGGGCAGGGCGCUUCAUAGCUCCUACUGCUAUCCAUUCACAGGAGUACGACCAUUUUUGCACACUCUGUUUGGUUUUAUGCCAAUACUCGACUGGCUACCUAAAUAUAAAUUCAAAGAAGACCUAAUUAGUGAUGCUAUUGGUGGAUUUACAACUGGAGUAAUGCAUGUUCCACAAGGAAUCGCUUACUCAGUUUUGGCCGGUGUGGAUCCUGUGUAUGGGCUUUACUCAUCAUGCUUUCCAGCGUUCUUCUACAUGUUUUUUGGGACUUCACGACAUGCCUCAAUAGGAUCAUUCGCUGUGGUGGCACUAAUGGCAGGUGUAGCAAAUGACAAAGUGAUGCAGACACGAGGAGGUGGUUCUGUAGAAUUAGCAAGAAAUUCCACAGAUUCGCUGUUUGACGUCGUUACACAUUACGAUGUCACCCCCAUCCAAAUCGCAACCAUGCUCACAUUCUCCAUAGGAGUUUGGCAGAUCCUCUGCGCACUUCUUCGCCUUCAAUUUGUGAUGACGUACUUCUCGGAUCCACUUGUAUCAGGAUUCACAACGGGCGCUGCAGUACACGUGCUUCUUGCCCAAGUAGAUGAUAUUAUGGGCGUUCGUGUUCCUAAAGUUUCUGGUCCAGGUUACUUGUUUGUGAGAGUUUAUGAUCUCGCUGUACGCGUUCCUCAAGUGAAUUACGUCGCUCUUGCGGUGUCCUUCGCUUCAAUGACAUUCCUUUUCGCUGGAAAGGAGUUUCUAUCACCUUAUCUGGCCAAGAAAUUCAAAUUGAAGCUGCCGAUUCCUUACGAGCUGAUAUUGGUGGCCAUCACUGCUGGAUUGUCGACGUUGUUCCACUGGCAUGAAAAUAAUUCUCUGGAAAUAGUCGGCGAUAUCCCAGCUGGACUUCCUGAGCCCCAACUGCCAACAUUUUCAAUCCUGAAGGAAUGUUUAAUGCAAUCUAUUGGUAUCGCUAUUGUUAUCAUCGCCGUGCACAUUUCUAUGGCAAAAAUGCUGGGGAAGAAAUUCAACUAUCAUGUGGAUGACAGUCAGGAGUUGUACGCUAUUGGUCUGACGUCUGUCCUAGGAGGGUUCUUCCCUGUCUAUCCUGUAUCGACAGCACUUGGUCGCACUAUGGUCAAUGUGAAAAGCGGAUCGAAAACUCAGCUUUCUACUGUGUUCAGCUGCGCUUUCCUGUUGGCGAUUAUUCUAUGGCUUGGCCCUCUGCUUAGAGACCUUCCGAAGUGCGUGCUGGCAUCGAUUAUUACUGUCGCUUUGAAAUCGAUGUUUUCGAAGUACGGAGAACUGAAGAGGAUAUAUCCUGUGUCGAAAAUCGACUUUAUAAUUUGGAUAGUCUCUUUUGUUUGCACCGCCUUCAUUGAUGUCAUGGAGGGGUUGGCGAUUUCUUUGCUCUUCGGUUUAUUUACUGUGAUUUGCAGGUCACAAUGUCCAAAAUGGCAAUAUUUCUUUCAAACUGUAGAGGAUCAACAAAACGGUGAGAAGACAAGCGACAAUCCGGAUAUUUGUGUGUUCCGUUUUGACGGACCGUUAUUAUUCACUAAUGUUGAAAGGUUCAAAAAUUCAUUAAAGAACACUAUAGAUCACUGGAUGGCUGGGCAGGAAAAGAAGAAAUCAGAGGAGUCAAAGAGGGUUGGAGAUUCUUCCGACAUAAGGCGUCCUCAGAAUCUCCACAAGAAAGAGGAGCUCCGCUUUCUUAUCAUUGACUGCUCCUCCAUCGCAUAUUGUGAUUACAUGGCAGCGAAUGCAUUCAACGAGCUGGCAAAAGAGUUCAAGGACACCGGAGGGAUUCUAUACAUAGCGGGCGCUAAUGGAGAACUACGUUCUGCGCUGGAAGCGAGUGGAUUUUUCAAAAAGGUUGAGAAAGAAAAUGUUUUCCCAACGCUCAAGGAUGCUAUAGCAAUAGCAAAUAGGAAAGGAAGCGCACUCCACUUGCUGACCGAAGCAAAGAAGGGACAGCAGAUGAAUCAGCUGAACUCACCACAGCCGCCUUCCGUAACCGGGACGUCUUCCGCCUCUUUGCCAACAACACCACCUUCACCCACUGUCAGGUUUAAUCCAAGCAAACAAUGA